AGCCACUGUGGCCCAAGCACCUGCUGUAGGGGCCAGCGACCCGACAGGCCUCGCUCGCCGCUCGACUUUGGGGCCCUCUCUCCCCGACCUCUGCUGCGCAAUGGCGGGCAUCAGCACCUACGCGGCGGUGCCCCCUGGGCCCGGGGGCCUCCGCAACAAGGCACGCGGAGGCCGCUCGUUCGCGGCAGCAGGGGAGUCACCCGAGCCGCCCCUCUACAGCACGAGCCUGGUGCAGACCAAGAGGGAGGCGCUGAGGGUGAAGCACGGCAACGCCGUCAGCGGGCGCUCGCCCAGCGAUCUGCUAGGCGCGGCAUCGCCCUCGGGGCUCCGGACCCCCAGGGCGGCGCCUCCAGGGAACCUGGCGGGCCUGGUGCGCCUGUUCUGGGACCCCAUCUCGCUGCUGCUCGUGGCGUGGCCCCUGGGCUGCCUCGCGCACUUCCACGACUGGGGGGACAUCCCCGAGUUCUGGCUCAACUUCCUCGCCAUGGUCCCGCUCGCGAAGAUCCUCGGGGAUGCCACGGAGGAGCUCGCCGCCGGGCUGAAGAACGACACGUUGGGCGGCCUGCUGAAUGCCACCUUCGGCAACGCCGUCGAGAUGAUUCUGACCGUGCAGACCCUGCGGGCAGGGCAGAUCGGCGUCGUGAAGGGCACGCUGCUGGGAAGCAUCCUCUCGAACCUGCUGCUCGUGCUGGGCAUGUCCUUCUUCGUGGGGGGGCUCACGCCGUCUAAGGGCUCCAGGAUCGGCAAGGAACAGACUUUCUCGACCCAGGCCGCCCUGACCAACGUGACGAUGCUGCUGUUGGCGUGCUCCGCCUUUGCGUUCCCCGCGGUCUUCUUUUCUCAGGACGAAAUCGGCAGGGAGUACAUGGAGUCCCAGAUGUCCGAGCUGGGCACCUUCGCGGGUGGUAGCACCCCCAGGUUGCUGCAGAUCUCCCGCUGGUGCAGCGUGUAUAUCUUGGCUGCGUACGUCGCUUUCCUGGUCUUCCAGCUCUACACGCACGCGGACGUGUUCAGGGGCGGCUCGGGCGACGACGAGGAGGAGGAGGAGGCUCAGCUCUCUCCAGCCGUCGCGGUGGCGCUGCUUUUCGUCACCACAUGCCUGGUGGCAGCCUCCUCGGAGUUCCUGGUGGACUCGAUCGACGGGCUGGUCGACAGCUGGGGUCUGAGUAAGGCAUUCAUCGGCGUCAUCCUGCUGCCCAUCGUUGGGAACGCCUGCGAGCAUGCGGGAGCCGUGCGCAUGGCAGUCUACGACAAGAUGGACAUCACGAUCGGCAUCGCCGUCGGCUCGUCGACGCAGAUCGCCCUCUUCGUGGUGCCAUUUGCUGUGAUCGUUGGCUGGGUUAUCGAUCAGCCAAUGGACUUGGACCUGGGGGCGCUACACACCACGAUCAUGAUGAUGGCCGUGUUGAUCACGUUCAGCGUGGUUUCCGAUGGGGCUGCGAAUUGGCUCGAGGGUUUCAUGUUGAUGAUCGCCUACUUCGUGGUGGCAACGCUUUUCUGGUUUCUACCCGAGAACCACGGUGCGUAGCGCGCUGGGUAUUUUUGUUCGAGUUCGUGGCGGCGGUCGGUCUGGAAUCAUUGUAAGAGAUCGUUCCUUACUUGACUUUGAUAGUACCAGCGGGCAGUGGAUUACGAAAGAUCACGCUUGCUGCUGAUUUAGCACAUGGGACUAAAGGUCUCAAUCUGUUCGUAUGGCAGACUACUUCAGCGGACUACCAACUUGUCACUGCAUGAAUUGAGCGGGCGCCGUCUGGCAUAGGAUCACAGCCCGCCAAAUCAGAUCUCAUCUAUCGUGCACCGUACAGUCCUUAGGCUUUGAUCGAGCGACCUUAGGCUUGAACAAGUCGCCGCACAUCCACCUCCUCCUCCUCCUCCUCCUCCUCCUCCUCCUCCUCCUCCUCCUCC